GUUAACAAAAUACGGUGCCGUUUGGAUAUACUUAAAAACUGUUAAAGUAUUUAAAUUAGAACCAAUUUAUCUACACUUUGUACAAUUUAGUAAGAAGAAUGUUAUGAUCAACUGUGUCAAACGCUUUGCUGAGAUCUGUUAAAGCUCCUACAGUAUAAAUUUUUUCAUGAAACGCUUUAAGUAUGUCAUAAAUAAGAAAGGAAUCAAGUCUAUUGUACAUAAUUCUUUCCAGUAACUUUGAGACACAAGGAAGAACUAAGAUUGGUCUAUAGUUUACAACGUUUGAAACGUCACCAAAUUUGGAAAUUGGUUUUAACAAAAACGUUUAACCCAACAGUUCUCUUUCCGUAUGUUCAUCAUUGUCCAUUACGUUGGUAUUAUUAGAAUUUAAAAAAGAUGCAAAUUUUACUUUUGUGGUUUCUAUUUUUGAUACUAAGUUAGAACCUACAUUAACAAAGUACGUCAGGGUUAAACAACAAAAUACUGAUUAAAUUGUUUAGCAAAUAUAGUUCAAGCGCAAAUUAUUCAAAAUUUACAAAAGAUAAGCUACAUUUAUUAAGCAAUGAGUAGUAGCACUGAAAAACAAAAAAAGAAUACUGAGAGUAAUGCACAGAGUACAACACCAGACUUAUCAGUUGCUCUAGUUUUAAACAAAGCUGAUAAAAAAUCUAAUCUAUCAAACGACUUCACUAAUGAUCUGAAACCAGACAAUGACAAUAAUGAAAAGGUAAUGAAUAACUUCAAUGACAUUAUUAAUGACUUAGUUCACCAUGUUUUCCUUGGCAUGAACAAGUAUGGAUAUUUUAGCAUAAAUAGUCCUUCUCAUAAAAAUGUUACAUGCAGUGCUUGCAAACAUAAUGAUUUUGUAGUCGACCGUUAUAAAUGUUUAGUGUGCAAAGACUAUGAUCUCUGUGGAGUGUGCUUUGAAUCGAGAAAGAUUACUUUUCCACAUGUCAAAAGUCAUCCAAUGGUUAGAUACAGUGGACCAAAAGAAAUAUUUGGUGAAGAGAUUGAGAAUGAAAGUGUUACGCUUGAGCAAUUUAUAACUAAGUUUAACGGAGUGGAACACGAAGCAACUUGCGAUGGCUGCAAUUCUCAUCCAAUUUUUGGCUUGCGAUUCAAAUGCGACGAAUGCAAUGAUUUCGACUUGUGCUAUAAAUGCUUUACAAAAAAAGAAGGUAUUGGUAAUCAUAAGAUAGAACAUCCCGUAUUAGUCAGUUACAGCAUUCGAAAUGUGAGCUCAUCUGACAUUGAACUUUUGGAUCGUUUAGGCAAUGGUGCGUUUGGUACUGCACACAAAGCAAGAAUAAUUUCAAAGAACAAAAUAGUUGUUUGCAAAAUAUUUGAAUGGAAUAUUGUUCAUUUAUUUAUGAACUUAAGCGUAGACAGUUUGUAUAAAAGUUUUAUUCGUGAAGUACUUGGGUAUAACGAAAUUAAUAGCAGUUAUGUCAUUAAAGCAUACGGCAGCUGUGUGAUGAGCAAUAAAAACAUAAAAACGUUUUACUUGCUCACAGAAUAUAUGGAGAAAGGAAGUUUGUCUGACCUUUUAAAAAAAGAGCCGAACUUAUCAUAUAGAUGCAGAGUGUCUAUAGCAUGCAAUAUAGCAUCAGGUAUGAAAAGAAUCCACGAAAAAAAUUUUAUACACAGAGAUAUUCGACCUGACAACAUAUUUAUAACUAAAAACUAUGUAGCGAAAAUUGGUGACAUGGGGAUCGCUAGACUGCAAGAUAAGUUUCAAAAUCAUACUGUGAUCGGACCAAUACCAUACAUGCCAAAUGAGUUUCAAACAGGAAACUAUAAUGAAAAAGUUGACAUUUAUUCGUUUGGAUUGACAAUGUACCACCUAAUAACUGGUCAAAGACAUUUAUUUGCAAAUAGGAAAAUAGAGCUUAGUAUAAAACCUCUAAUGUUUGAAAAACUAAUUAAUAGUUGCUUAGAAAAUCUGCCAAGUAACAGACCAACCGCAUCCGUUUUAGAAAAUAGAUUAGAAAUGCACUCUAAAGUUUUAUGUGAAGUAAUUUCAAAGUUCACAGGAUACUUUUUAUUACCAAAAGAAGAACGCACUAAAAUUUGUAUAAAAACAUGUAAUUUAGUUUCUGAAAUUUUUUUUCACUAA